AAUGUGCAUUCCAUCUCUGUGCUCUUUUCGCGUUUCCGCGCUCUUUUUCUCUAUUAUGCACGUCUGCUGGUAAAAGACGACCAUCGAGGGUAUCGUGCGUAGUCUCUUGUUUAUGGUUCCAGACUGGUACCUGUGCUGAGGCGGAGGGGACAUAUCAGGCGACAGGAGGCUGGGCACUGUUGAGCGGUACUUGAUCAAUCGGUGGAGCAGACGAGGAUGACUAUUACGAGAUGAAUGUGAAUGGGAAAACUUUCAGCAGUACUUCGCAGGGCAUAUCGUGAGGUGGCGGGAGCGUGCGCACGACGACAUCGAAAGCGGUGGGCGAGCUGUGCGGAUCGGCUCUGGUACUAAGUACAAUCACCCUGUCAGAGACACAGAGAGGGAGGGAAUAGCCAGAGAGGGAGGGAAUAGUGGAGAAGAAAAAGGACAGGCGGCGUUAGGUCUUUGGCUGUGGAGGUGAAUAGCCAUGACGUCGGCUAUGUCGGCGGCUCGGCUGGUUGGCUGCCGGUUGCUCGGAGCGCAUUCAUCGGGCUUGGGAUUUGAUCCCUUGGCCUCACGCGACAGUCACACUAGAGCGAGGUUGGGAUCCGAGGUCGCGGCAUGCCCAUUAGUCUCUCCGAACGGACAUGGCCAUGAAGUUGGGAUUCGAAGGGACGUUAUGGGGAGCAGUAUGGCGUCGAGUAGCUGGCUGCAUCGAGGGGAGAGAGACGGGGAUAAUCUUGGGAUUCGCAGCAGAUCGUCGAAACGAUUGACACCCUUUUCUCCAUGUACAAAAAUUGUGGGAUCGGCAAGCUCAACUCCAAUAGGGAGAGCGGGAGACGAGGAUGUCGGCGAUGGCUCGUUUGCCUCUUCUCCUUCUUCCCCUCCUCCAUCUGUCUCCAGCACGCGGAUGAAUGCCGUCCCCACUUCUGCAGACGCUCUGUUUGCUCAGCCGCACGCCUAUAGUGGACCGGCUAAGAGCUUCAAGAGGAGAAGAGCUCCCCCGUCGAGCGAAGAGGAGAAACAACAGCUUCUGGAAGAACGGCGAGCAGAGCUUGUAGCAGAGAUAAAUAGAACACACGAAGAACAUAUCUUGUUGGGCGCUAUCAAGAAGGAACUCAAGUUCGGUAAAUGGCUGAUGGGCGAGCAGCAGUAUGCAAAGGCACUUUUGCAUUUCGAGAUAGCCAUGGGCAAAUGCGAAUUCAAGACUGGAGAGCAUGGUGAAGCGGCAAUAGGAAAAGCUACUUGUCUUGAAAAACUUGGCAGGUUAGAGGAAGCCAAGGUUUUGUAUAAGAUUCUGACUGCGCAUCCAUUCCCGGCCGUCAAGAGGAAGGCGCGCCAGUUUCUUUACGGAUCGUCUGAUCUGCCUGGGAGCAAUGAUUUGAUGAGCAAUCCAUUUUACACGCUGUACAUGCAGAGCUAUGGCAGCUACGUCGUGCCGGAAAACGAGAAAAGGGAGGAGACGCCGAAGGAGAAGCUCAUGUGGCAGCUACUACCGGUUUCUCUCUUGCUGAUGGGACCUUUGUUGGCGUUCUGGCUCAUGGUUCGUUCUGUAGACUAAACGCUGAGCACAAAAUGAGACAAGUCCCUUGUAGUCUGGCCUUUCGGUGUUGCCUGUCCUCUGGUGAAGACAGUGUAUAUGCAGUACAAACACGAUUUGACGAGUAAUUUAUUUUGCAAGCUGUACGUGCAGAGCUGUCGCAGCUGAUUCAUGCUGGAGAAUGAGAGAAGGGAGGGAGAAGAUGCUGAAGGAGACGCUCUUGUGGCAGCUAGGUACUGCAGAUUUCUCUCUUGCGGAUGGGACCUUCGUUGGCAUUCUGGCCAAUGGUACAUGUGAUGUGGUGGUAAGUGGAGGGUACAAGCGUGAUGUGUAAAAAAAAACAAGUCCUUGAUACUUUUCACUGUUGUCAUAUGGUGGAUGAAUGACAGCUUGCUUCCAUUUCCUCUCUAGUAAUCAGCGUGCAAUCACAGCAAAAUCAGUCCAGCCACAGCUUGUGUACUGUAUGCUGUACAUUAUGCACCUUAUGAGUUAGCAGAAGUGCAUGGAGGGGAGAAGCGGAGGGCGUAGCAAAGGGGUGGUUGCCAGCCUCAAAGUCGUGUUGGUUCCGUCUGCUGGCUACAGCUCAUGCUAACGGUUUCCUGGAGGAAAGCACAAUGGCUUCCUCUCCAAUGGAUAAGGCAUCAACGAGACAUUAACGAGGAGCAGUGCACACAGGGAGGUAGAGGCCAGAUGAAGGUGACCCAAGUGCACAGAUGGUAACUUCUAAGUGCGCGCGCGCGCGCGCGCGUGUGUGUGUGUGUGUGUGUGUGUGUGUGUGUGUGUGUGUGUGUGGGUGGGUGGAUGUGUCUAUGUUUAGCUGUAGUGGAAAAGAAACAGAAGUUAUAUGGGGAAGAAUACAGCCUCUGCUUCUUCCCAUUGUUCCUCUUUUAGAGGUUUUAAAGAUGACAGCGAUGGGUGGAGUUUUGGAGCUGGGCGUCCAAGCAAUAUGGCACCUGGAAGUUGAUCUCGAUUAUCUGAUAGACGUUCGGGUUUGAAAGGUCAGAUUGGCCAUCUGUUGGUUUCAGCGUUUUGCAAGAAUUUCCAUGAAUUCUUGCCAGCUUGUCAAUUGUAGAGGGGUAAGAGGGUGGAAGGGGGUGCACACGCAGACACGCUUUUGUGUGCUCAAGCGAGAGAGAGAGAGAGAGAAGGGCGGAAGGGAGUGCACAUGCACACAUGCUUUUGUGUGCGAGAGAGAGAGAGAGAGAGAGAGAGAGAAGGGCGGAAGGGGGUGCACAUGCACACACGCUUUUGUGUGCGAGAGAGAGAGAGAGAGAGAGAGAGAGAGAGAGAGAGACCAUGCGCUUUUGUGAGAGAGAGAGAGAGAGAGAGAGAGAGAGAGGCAUGACAUUUGACUGCUGACAGUACAGAGACCAUGCACUUCCGUUAUUGCAGAUUAUUGGACUCUUUAGACUGGCAGAUGCUGCUUGGCCUACACACCUGUCCCAAAGUCGUGGCAAUGGGGAGGUUGAGCAUUGGGGACUGUUUAUGUAAAAAUUUGUGUAUAUGUGAUGAUGACAAGGUUCUUAUGUGAACUGUAAUGAAGUCGUUUCUCAGAAGAGGUAGUUGGUAUGGUUUGUCGGUGCAUUGUUUGUGGGGGGAAGACGGUAGUUAUUCGCUAUUUGAAUGAGAGGUACACUAGAGUUGAAAACAGAG